UCCUAUCCACGUUGUUUGUGAAUCAGCUAGGGCGGGGAUGCUAGGUGUUUUAUGUGCGUGUGUUUAAAGGGGUUUGGAUUGGAGAUGCAGAAAGAAAGGGCAGUUUCGAGGAAGUGACGGACGAGACUCGGGGGGCCUGGUCUGAGGAAGUUUGCUCGGUGAUGGUACCGUGCUGCUGAACGAAACUUUUCCACCUUUGCACCGUGGAUCGGGAAGGACGGAUCCAGCCAGCGGCGUGGGGAGCUUUUGUUUCCUCGCCACACGAGCAGCACUGUGGAGUAACUUGAGGUUGGGAGGGUUAAAAAAAUAAAUAAAAUAGGGGGGAUCGCAGAGGAAUUUCACUCCCACAACCAAACCCCCCUUUUUCCUCCUCUUCCCUCCCCGCGCCUCCUCUUGGAUUUUAUUUCUGGGAUCCGCGAUGGGGAAGGAGCAGGAACUUCUGGAAGCGGCGCGGACGGGAAACCUGGCCGCAGUGGAGAAGCUUUUAUCCGGGAAGCGACAGUCGGCUGGCGCGGGCAGCGGCUCGUCUGGGACCGGUGGAAGCGGCAACAGCGGCGGGCACGGCGCCUCCUCUCAUCCGCUCUCCAGUCUGCUCAGCAUCUGGAGAGGCCCUAAUGUGAAUUGUGUGGACAGCACUGGAUACUCCCCUCUCCACCACGCUGCCCUAAAUGGACACAGCGAUGUGGUGGAGGCACUGCUACGAAACGAGGCCUUGACCAACAUCGCCGACAACAAGGGCUGCUACCCUCUCCACCUGGCUGCGUGGAAGGGCGAUGAACAUAUCGUCAAACUGCUCAUUCACCAAGGACCUUCACACCCAAAACUCAACGAACAGAGCUCUGUAGACCAUAAAGAGUUCAAACGCUGUGGGCCCUUUGACCCCUAUAUUAAUGCCAAGAACAACGACAACGAGACACCGCUGCACUGUGCCGCCCAGUACGGUCACUCCCGGGUGGUGCGGCUGCUGCUCGAGGAGCUGACAGACCCCACCAUGAGGAACAACAAGUUUGAGACCCCUCUGGAUCUUGCUGCUCUGUACGGCCGCCUGGAGGUGGUCAAGCUGCUGCUCAGCGCCCACCCUAACCUACUCAGCUGUAACACAAAGAAACACACGCCGCUGCAUCUGGCCUCUCGGAACGGACACCUGUCUGUAGUGGAGGUGCUGCUGGACGCCGGCAUGGACAUCAACUAUGAGACGGAGAAAGGCAGCGCCCUCCAUGAAGCUGCGUUGUUUGGGAAAGCUGACGUGGUGCAGAAACUUCUUGGUGCAGGUAUCGAUGUAAAUAUUCUGGACCAGAAGGGCCUGGCAGCGCUGGACACUGUCAAAGACAUGCCCUCCCAGAAGAGCAGAGAGAUAGUUGCUCUUAUCAUAGGUCACAUGAGUGGGAAACCCCCUGACAUUGACCUCCCUCCUCCACCAAUCCCACCCCCUCUGGAGAGUCCAAGUCCCAGGAAGAAAGGCGAUCUAGAGAAGGUGAGUGAGUUAAUCUCUGGGCUGGCCCCAGGUCCUGAAGAGGAGAGCCCGUAUGAGGCUCUGUUUGAAGCCACCUCCUGCCACUCUCUGGACAGCCUCACCAGCGGCAAAUCCUCUGAUAGGGAUUCUGGACGGCCGGAUAGUGAAGCUGGCAAGAAAGAUCGCCUGGUCCACUCUUCACAUCCUGGUGCUGGCCAUGAUGAAGAGGCCCUCUUUACUAACAGCAGCAUCGAUGAGAGAUGCGAGCGGGUGGAGGAGGAGGAGGAUCACACAUAUGAGUUGUUGCUAACGGCACAGACCAAAGUCCCACCGCCCAGCCAGGAGUCCCAAUCCAGUAAAGAUGAGAAAACCACUACACAGUCCUCCAACAGUGUCCUACCUCAGCGUAAACCCACUGCCCCAAAUGACCUCAGAGCCCCCAGCAAGACGAAAGACUCCCUGCACCCUCCUGGACGAUCGGGCCCACGAGCCUCAGGAGAUAACUCCCAGCUCAGCCAGGAUCAGGGAGCAGGUGUCCCGGAGCAGUUCACCGGCCUCCUGCACGGAUCCUCUCCCGUCUUUGACUGCGGCGAGGAGCCCUUCAGACUUCCAGGUGCCCAACCGGAAUCAAAAAAGCCUGCCAAAGUAAAAGGGGAAGUAGCGAAAGCAGCGAAAACAGGAGUAGUGAAAGCAGGAGCAGAAAAAGCAGGAGCAGCUGCACCGCCUCCCAGCCGUCCCAGCAUGGCCGCCAUCCUGACAGACUGUGAUCCAAAAGCAAUUUAUGCCACUGUGAACAAGGAGCCCAGGGACUCAGGGGCCGGGAUUGCUGGUAGGAUGCGUCCUCCUGGAGAUCUAAAGCUGGCACGCAGCCUCUCCAAGUCUGACUCGGACCUGCUGGUGUCGCCUCCUAGUGAGGAGGACGGAGGGUUGGGGAACAGGAGCGAGUCUGUUUCUAACUGUAGCACUGGGAAGAAGAGGCUGGAGAAGUCUCCCUCUUUCACGUCAGAAUGGGACGAGCAGAAUCAGAUGACUUCACCUGCCACAAAACAACGGAGAUCUAAUUCCUUUGAAAGCAUCGAGAAGAUCAUGACGCUGAUUGGCGCUGGAAUCGAUUUCUCCAGAGAUCAGCAAUAUGCUACACCAGGUGCUGCGGGCCGGCUGCUGGACCAGCCUGUGGGGGAUUGGCUGGAACACGUGGGGCUGCCGCAGUACGAGAGCAAACUCCUCCUGAAUGGUUUUGACGACCUGCACUACAUGGGGAGCAAUGUUAUGGAGGAUCAGGACCUGAGAGAAAUCGGGAUCACAGAUCCAAGCCACAGAAAGAAGAUCCUGCAUGCAGCACGUUCCUUACCCAAGGUGAAAGCUCUGGGCUGUGACGGCAGCAGCUCCCUCUCCUCUUGGCUGGAGAAUCUCGGCCUUCAUGAGUACUUGCACAACUUCCUGGCCAGCGGCUACCGCUCUCUAGACUGUGUCAAAAACCUGUGGGAGCUGGAGAUUGUCAAUGUGCUUAAGAUCUCCUUACUUGGUCACAGGAAACGCAUCAUUGCUUCAUUAGCAGAGAGACCUUACGAGGAGCCUCCGGUGAAGCCCCCUCGAUUGUCUCAGAUUCGGUGCCAAGACCUUCCUGGAUCUCAGUCCUCGUCCCCCCUCAGUCAGAUGGAUUCGUACUCUGGGCGCUCGAUGGACCCUCUGCUGCCAGCAGGAGAGCCAGGGAGGAAAAAAGUGCCAGAGGCCGACUAUGACGUUGUUACCCAAAGAUAUCACAGUGAAAGACACAGAUCACAUGAAAGGUAUGAAGACCGGCAUAGAGAGCCUCGCCUGACCUUGAGGCCGCCCAGUCUGGCAGCACCGUACGCUCCAGUUCAGAACUGGCAUCAUCAGCCUGAGAAGCUCAUCUUUGAAUCCUGCGCCUAUGAAGCCAACUACCUCGGCUCCAUGCUAAUUAAGGAUCUUCGGGGUACUGAGUCAACGCAGGAUGCCUGUGCCAAAAUGCGGAGGUCGACAGAGCAAAUGAGGAAAGUCCCCUCCAUCAUCCUCUCGAUCACAUAUAAGGGUGUGAAGUUCAUAGAUGCAGCCAAUAAGAACAUCAUCGCAGAGCAUGAGAUCCGAAACAUAUCAUGUGCAGCCCAGGAUCCAGAAGACUUGUGCACAUUUGCCUACAUCACCAAGGACCUGCAGACCAGCCACCACUACUGCCACGUGUUCAGCACAGUAGACGUGAAUCUGACCUAUGAGAUCAUACUUACACUGGGUCAGGCGUUUGAGGUUGCCUAUCAGCUGGCUCUGCAGGCCCAGAGGACCAAACAGCACCAAAGCUUCCCAGUGGGACCGGGUUCAGAGGUUAUUGAGACAAAGUCCAGCCGACCUGUGCCAAGACCGAGAGGCAGUGUGCGGAAGUCAGCGGGGGACCUUGUGGAACAGGAGGGGGAUUCUCAGUCCCAGGGCAGCACCACAUGGCUCGUGGACCCAAAGGAAUCCAAGCGCACUAUCAGCACUAAGUACGAGACCACCAUAUUCUGAGUGGACCCCUCUUCCUCCUGACCUUUGACCUCUGGGCCUGGUCUCACCUUCCUCUACUUUCUCCUCCUCUUCCUCCUGUGUGCCUUUCACUGUGACUCUGCCUCUCUCUCUCUGCUGGGCCCCCUGUCCUCCCCCUCGGCCUCCCUUCACUUGUGUCCUCAUCUGACAACAACAACACGACCUUGGAUGGCUUAACCACCUCGUCUUCUUCACCUCUUAUUAUCAACUCUUCCACUCUAUUAACCCUCCUCCAGCCUGCCACUCACCAUCACUGCUAUCCUCUUUUAUUUACCUUGAAUGCUUCCUGAACUCUCCACACAGUGCUUUUUUUUUCUCUUCUCCUCCGUCAACAUCCCACUAUUGACUCUUGGUGAUAAGCUCUUCUUCUUUUUUUCCCCCGGUGCUUCUCCUGCUCUGCUAGGCGACGGCCACUCUGAGACUUUUCACUCUGAUCUUUCAACUCAUCUAACUUCUCCGCGCGCUGAGAGAAAAUCAGUGGAGAGAGACCCUCUGCUCACAUCCUGUACCUGGAUGGACAUGUUUCCUGAGGAAACUGAGAUUCUGGUUUCUGUAAUUCUGGACUGUAGCAGACUGGUCAGAGGUCAGGGUGUUAGAUGGGUUAUACAGGAUUAACCAAGGGCGAUAUAUUUCCCUGUCAGCUGUCUGCUGAAGCCAAAGGAGGCGAUGAUCCUAGCACUGUGAUAAGGUCCUUCUGGAGCUAAUAAAGUAAGCAUUUUAGGGGAUUUCGUAGCAGAUAAGGACCUGCAUGUUAUUGGUCCUUGCUGCUCCAGAAAAAAAGACCUUCUUAAGACUUGUAGCCCUCCUCUGUCUACCAAUCUGAGCAAAAAAAAAAGCUUCUUUUGGAAUGAACUUGCUAAAACUAAGCACUUUUAACAGGGUGUGUAAGAAUAAGUGCAUCUUCCUCUGUCCUGUCUCUUUUUGUCUUCUUCUCACAACAAAUGCCUUCUCUGUUCAUCCGUCACCAUUGCCUUUUGUUUUGCCAAUCACACUGGGUUAAUAAUUCACCGCUGCUGGUGAAGAGAGUAAAUCAUUGUACUUUGGGAGGGGACGGAGUAAUCCAUCACCACCAUGUUUGUUUAUGUCCAUGAGUUCAGCGUUAUUUUCUUUAACUUUAUUUUAACCUCACUGCUUUGUGUGUGUGUGUGCGUAUGUCUUGUGUCCCUUCCA